GGGCUCAUUCCUGGAUUUAGUCAAAGGUAAGUGAAGACGUCAAAACAUUCGCGCAUAUAUUUGUCGUUUUUUAAGGUGAAAUCACCCCAGAGCUUUGCACACAAACCCACGCAUGCAGCUGAGAACGCUUAUGGACUUUUUUUUCCCACCCCACUUCCAGUCUCAACUAAGAUGCUCUUUUUUUUCCUCUUGUACUUUACAGGUUUCAAUUCGUUUUCAUGAAGACUCUGCCGUCGAGGACUUCGACCAACUGCUCAAAUUGCUAUUUUUUCUUCAAGUAAUGGACAUCUGAUUACCAUUUUUGCCUCCAGUUUGUUCUUGAAGGAAAAGGCUAGCUUUUAGCUACCAAAGCCCCACCCAUUAGAAAUUUUGAACCAGGGGCUGCUCCACGGAACCGAAUCGCACCGCAAUCUACACAUAAAGAUUGCAUUAGGCCGAGGAUCGACGGACGUUUGACGAAGCACAACAUGGAGGGGGUGCCGGUGGACCCCAAAGAGAUUUUGAAGGGGGUGGAGGCUCUCUUAGGGAAGGAUGGGGGUCUCUGCAGCUUGGAGGGAGUCCCAAAGAUGUUCAGCCUAAUGAAAGCCUCUGCCAAGAUGGUCAGUCGCUGCAUGUACUUGAACAUCCUCCUUCAGACAAAAUCGCACGAUGUGCUCAACAGGUUCAUUCGAGUCGGUGGUUACCGGCUGCUGAACUCGUGGCUCACCUACUCCAAAAGCACCAACAAUUCACCUCUGCUGCAGCUUAUUCUGCUCACUCUGCAGAAAUUACCCCUCAAAGUGGACCAUCUCAAACAGAACAACACAGCCAAGUUGGUGAAGCAACUGUGUAAAGGCGCAGAGACUGAAGAAUUGAGGAAGUUGGCGUCCGUGCUUGUCGAUGGCUGGAUGGCGACCAUUCGCUCCCAGAGUGUAUCGAGCAACGUCAGCAGCCCGGCCGAGAAGAAGAAGAAGAAGAAAGAAGAUGGCAAGGUCCCGGUCAAAGAGGUGAAGGACAAGAGUGGAGAGGACGAGAAGAAAAAAGACAAGGCGAAAGCUCAUGCACCCAGUCAUGCAAAGAUCCGUUCCAUAGGUCUGGAGAUGGACGCUCCGAGCUCUGCCCCCGCCAAGAAGAGCCCGACGGCUCCCCAGCUGGGUGACAAGUACAACAUCAAGCCUCCCGUCCUCAAACGGCUAAGUUCUGGUCCCUUUGAUAAUCCACCAUUGGAGAAGAAAUACAAACCUCUAAACACGCCAUCCAACUCGACCAAAGAGAUCAAGGUCAAGAUCAUUCCAGCGCAGCCCAUGGAGUGCACGGGCUUCCUCGACGCGCUCAACUCGGCUCCGGUGCCCGGUAUCAAGAUCAAGAAGAAGAAGUCGGCGGCCAGUUCGCCUUCUCACGCCAAGGCCGUGUCACCGACCUCCAGCAAGACAAAUCCGUUUGACGGCAAACCGUCAACGUAUUCUUCAUCCUCUGCCAAACCGACCUCCCCGGAGACUCUUUCUUCCAAUUCCCUUGAUGACACUCAGGAGUCGGAUCGUCCGGGAACCCCCGUACCAUCGGAAGACCCCGACUCUGCGGACGCCGGAGACAAGCCGAACGCGCUGUCCGAACCUCGUGGCGAGGAAGACCUGACCAAGAAGGGCAAGAAGAAGAAGACUGUUCACUGGGCCCAGGAAGAUCACCUCAAGCACUACUUUUAUUUUGACCUCGACGAAACGGAGAGAGUCAACGUCAACAAAGUCAAGGACUUUGGCGAGGCGGCCAAACGGGAGUUGAUGAUGGACAGGCACACCUUCGAGAUGGCCCGGCGGUUGUCUCACGACACCAUGGAGGAGAGGGUCCCCUGGACGCCCCCCAGGCCCCUAACGUUGCCUGGCAGUCUCAUCGUUGCCGGCUCAGGCAGCACGGAGAAGCUGACGCAGCGAGACCGGGAGAUGGGCAUCUUACAGGAGAUCUUCCUCAGUAAAGAAAGUGUGCCCGACAGUCCCCAUGAACCCGACCCGGAGCCGUAUGAACCCAUGCCCCCACGGCUGAUUCCGCUGGAUGAGGACUCCUCCAUACCGGACGAUCACUACGCCGAGCCCAUGGACACGUCUCAGCAGGUCGCCACUGCGGCCCAAAACGAGAGCUCCAAGCUGCCGCCUGUCCUGGCCAACCUGAUGGGCAACCUGAACAGCAAUUCGCGGAGCCCCCAGACAAACGCCGUCAACAAUCCCGUCACGCCCGCCGUCAACGUGCAGGAGCUGCUCUCGUCUAUUAUGGGGGCUUCCAGCAACCAGUGCACCGAAGACCUCAUCAAGCAGCCUGACUUCUCGGAUAAAAUCAAGCAACUUCUUGGGUCCCUGCAACAGACGCAGAACCACAACCAGGCGCCGACACCAGCCAACCCAAGUCUGCUGGGCCACGCUCCCAUCAACAACAUGAGCAACAACGUCCACAUGCAGAUGCCCAUGAACAGCGGCUUCCCGCCCAGCCUGCCUCCGGGCGGCCCCCGCUUCAACCACCCGCCGCCGCCCCCACACAAUCACAAUCACGGGCCGCCUUUCAACGGCGGCGGCGGCCCCAUCAUGCGCGGGCCGCCGCCGCCGGCACAGGGCCGCAGUGAUAACGGUAACUACUGGGGAGAUGACCCCAUGAGAGGGGGGCCCCACCGUGGGGGCCAUUUCCACCGAGGAGGAAGGGGCCGAGGAGGAGAGCCGGGCUUCCGGGGCCGAGGACGAGCGGGUCCGAGAGGAGGACACAAUAUGAAUGACAUGUCCAUGCGGCCCGUUUGUCGCCACUUCAUGAUGAAGGGAAACUGCAGGUACGAGAGCAACUGCGCUUUUUACCACCCCGGUGUCAACGGACCUCCCUUCCCCCCAAACAACCAGCAUGGGCACUAAGCGGCGCCCUCCUCACACGAGUCAUCAACUUGACACUCGACAGAGGCUCUUGGGACAGUUGGACUGAAACGCUGCUGGCUUUUGCCGCCGAUGUCUGCCCCGCCGCUGUUUCCGUCAGCAACCCUCUUCACUUUCGCAACUCAACUGUAUUUACGGAGCACUUCUGACGCGGACUGCCAGGGUCUUUAAAAGGACCCGGUGAAUGGAGAUUGAUUACGAUUGAGCUUGAACAACGCAAAGAAGCAAGGGAUUCUUUUUUCUUUUGUUUUUUGUUUUCCCUCCCACCUCCGCGCUCACAGCAGCCGGUAAGCGAUUGUGCUCAAGUUUAUGAAGACCCAGUUUGUGUGCUCCCUUCAAGUUUGUCUCUGUGGCUGGCCGGCCCUUUUUUGGGGGGGGCUGGGGGUGAUGAUCAUGAUGAUGAUGAGUCUGCCGGUUCCAGCCAAUGAACUCUGAACUCCGUCUUAACCUUCCGAGAACGUCAGUAUUAUGAUGAAGCAUUCUGCGGGUCAGUUAAUGGUGUGUUUUCUGUGAAAACAGUGACCUUAAUGUCUCUCUUGUGGGACCGUGUUUUUUUUUUUUUCCUCGCCCGUGUUUUAUUUUGAUACAAUGUUGAUAAACAGGUGCCCUUUUUUUACGACUGCUGCUUUGAAUGUUUGUACUGUAGGGCUGUGUACAAUUCAUGUUCAUGCCGUCAUUUUUCAGUUAGAUUAUUUUGUACACUAUUAAAUGAAUGUCAAAAUAUAAUUGUUCUAUGAAUCCUUUGAAAAAUUGGGAAAUGUACAUAGCAGGACAAACGUGGCACAAACAUUCAUAACGUUUUUCAAUGGUGUAAAAAAUGUGUCGAAUAAAUAUUCACGUU